GUUUUCAGCUGGGCUCACAGAGCUGGAGGCUGCAGAGGACUUGAAGGCUCUGCUGGGGGAGGAGCUGGGUUACAGGACAGAGGCCCCAAGUGCCAACCAGCAGCCAUGGGCACCAGCCCCUCAGCCCCACCCCGGCUCGUCUUCAGGGUGCUCGGGGCCUUCCUGCUCCUGGCCCCCUCCCUGCGUGCUCAGCAUACAAGGUGGGACAACCCCACCUGCACGGAGGGCGUGGUGUCCGUGCCCAGGGGCGGGAGAGCCGUGAUGGCCUGCAACAGCUCCAACGCCUUCACCCACAUCCACAUCCUGCUGAGCGCCCACGGCGAGACCAGGCUCAUCUUCACAGAGCAGACCCCGGGAAGCUUCUCCCGGCAAGGGUGGCAGCUCCAGGUUCGAGGGGGCCAGGCCCAGCUGGUCAUCCAAGCUGCCCAGGAUGCCCACGCAGGGCAGUACCGCUGGCAUCUUCGGGGACUGCAGAGAUACAACAGGGUCACUGUGCUGAACGUCUCAGAGCCCCAAGACCAGGAGGAGGAGCCAGGUGCAGCGCUGUCCGAGUCUUCCUGGGGUGUUUCACCCCUGCUGCCAGAAGUGCCGCCUAGAAUCCAGGAGCACCGGACCCCAGUGGGGAUGGCGGCAGCUGUGGUCUUUGUCGUCCUGGGCAUUGCUGGGAUCUUUGUGCUCACCCAGUGCCGUCUCCGAAAUUCCUGGAGGCCCCUCCAGAUGAGAUCAGAACUCUGAGCUACAGUGCAGCGGACGUGAGCCCACAGAGGAAUGCUGAGGAAGGCAAUGGUCAGAGUCUCCAGCUCACGUCUCUUCUGGGUCUCCUGCAGAUUUCCUGGGUCAACCCUGCCAUUUUGCAGAGCUCUGACAAUGUUAACCAAACAGCUUAGAGUCUCCAGUGACUCCGGACACCCUGCACCUGCUCAAGGAGAUGUCGGCGCUGCUUGAAUUUAAACCAAGCAGUAGGAAUGAGGUCCAGAUUUAGGCUGAUCACAGGCCCGCAGCUGCUAUGUUACCGGCUUGCCCUUCACGCUCUUGGGUUGAUCUUGAAGGGCUCACUCUGGGUACUGGCCACCCUGUUUUGAUGCACAGGUCUUGUUCAAGUAAACCCUCUCUUUACUGGUCUUGAAAAUCUGGCCAUUACUUAUUUCUGGGCUGGUGUUGUUGCUGAAGAAACUGGUAAAAGACAUACAGAGCCACAAGAGUGGGUAAAACAGAGUUUACUUUGCUAGCAAAGGGUCCACCAUACCAAAUGACUGACCCUGGGCUGGGUUACAAUCUGCCUUUUGUAGGAGUUUUACUAUCCUGACCUCGUUUUAGGCAGUUUGAUAAGAUAUUCCAGUUCUCAGUUCCCAUCACAAAUUAUGAUCACAAGACUGUUUAAUUUUAACCCAAAUGUAGCAUUUUCUUUGUGGUUAGGAUGUUUAUCUUUAGGAUUCACCCAAUUAGCUAUUCUAGCCCACAGGAGUGGGGGUCAGGGUUAGGAAAACAGGACUGGUGACAUUCAUCUUUUAUAGUCAUACAAUUUACAGAAAGUUUAGGGUUUAGGAUCUAACGGUACUUUGCUUGUAAGGUAUGGUGAUUGUUAGUUUGAGCAUCUGGUCUUACCCUGGGGAUGUGGCUAAGCACCUCC